AUGUUUAGCUCUUCAAUAGGCUCACACGUAGCCAUACACUACCGUACCUGCCGAUCUUUCAACGUUUCCAGCUCAGUUCUCCUAUAAACAGCUUCGGUGAGUUUCAUGGCAAUAUCAGCUCGAUUCCCUGCCUCAUUCGAAUCAGACACGAUUCCUACGCAACUGAUCAUCAACUGUUGUAGAAGGAACGAAAUUAAUGAACAGAUAAAUGUAUGGUCUGCAGAGAUCGCAUCCAUAUUGAUUAUCAACAGAACACACAUAUUUAUUACCACCCAUAAUAGUGAAAGUAUUAGAAAUAUUCGUCGAUGA